AUGAAACUCGACGCUAAAGCUAUUCGCUACCUCACCUCCGAAGAUUUCCGAGUUCUCGCAGCGUGUGAGGCUGGUAGCCGAAACCAUGAGGUCGUUCCAACGCCGUUGAUCUCGCAGCUUUCGGGCCUCCGAGGCGGCAGCGGUGUCAACCGCGCAAUCUCAAACCUCGCGAAAAUCAACUUGAUUGCAAAGGUCAAGAAUGCCAAGUAUGACGGCUACCGACUCGCAUACGGAGGAUUGGAUUAUCUUGCACUGAACGCGCACCAAAAGUCAAAAGUCAUCUAUUCGGUCGGCAACCAAAUCGGCGUGGGAAAGGAAUCAGAUAUCAUCGUGGUGGCAGAAGCCAGCGGAGCCCAGCGCAUUAUGAAAAUACACCGUCUCGGCCGUAUCUCGUUCCGAACAGUCAAGACAAACCGUGAUUACCUACGACACCGCAGCUCAGCCUCAUGGAUGUACAUGUCUCGAUUGGCAGCAAUGAAGGAGUUUGCUUUCAUGAAGGCUCUGCACGAGAACGGAUUCUCCGUCCCCGAUCCUAUUGCCCAGAACCGACACACCAUCGUCAUGAGUCUAAUCGAUGCCUUCCCUCUGCGUCAAAUCGCAAAAGUCGCCAACCCCGCUGGGCUAUACUCCGAGCUUAUGAAUAUUAUCUUGGAUCUUGCGCGAUAUGGUCUUAUCCACGGUGAUUUCAACGAGUUCAAUAUCCUUAUUAAGGAAGAGCUUGCCCCUGAAAUGAAAGGAAAAGAGCUCACCGAGGAAGAGGAAGAUGAGCACAUCCGGCUGGUCCCGGUUCUCAUUGAUUUCCCGCAGAUGUUGUCCAUUGACCACGCUAACGCUGAAAUGUACUUUGAUCGUGAUGUGGAAUGUAUCAAGCGGUACUUCAAGCGAAAGUUCCACUUCGUGAGCGAUUCAAAGGGCCCUACUUUCGCCGAGGCUAGAAAAAUGCUCCUCAAGAACCCCGGCAAACGUCUGGAUGUUGAAGUUGAAGCCACAGGUUUCUCGCGCAAGAUGGCCCGUGAGCUUGAGGCUUACAUGGCAGAUGUGGGAGUCAAAGGAGAUGGAGAAGCUUCUAAGGAUAGCGAUGAUGAGGAUGACGAUGAUGAGGCAGAGUCUGGAUCUGAAGACGAGGAGGGUGGUGCUCUUGAUACCAAGUACUCCGAAGAUGUCGAUGACAGCACCAAGCGGUUAGAAGACCUUCGAGUCUCGGGAUCAUCGGAGCAGUAA